AUGGAGAAAAAGGAGGGCGGCCAUAGCAGCAAAGAAAGGGACCGAAGAAGCACAGGACAGAAAACGUGGGCGAAGAAAACCGGGAACGAAGCGGCUGCUCAGUACAACCCGGAGCCCCCGCCCCCACGUACCCAUUUCUCCAACAUUGAGGCAAAUGAGAGUGAGGAAGUGCGGCAGUUCCGAAAACUAUUUGCCCAGUUGGCUGGCGAUGACAUGGAAGUCAGCGCCACAGAACUCAUGAACAUUCUCAACAAAAUUGUGACUCGACAUCCUGAUCUGAAGACAGAUGGUUUUGGCAUUGACACUUGUCGAAGCAUGGUGGCUGUGAUGGAUAGCGACACCACAGGCAAGCUGGGCUUUGAGGAAUUCAAGUACCUAUGGAACAACAUAAAAAAGUGGCAGGCCAUAUACAAACGGUUUGAUGUUGACCACUCAGGGACCAUCUCCAGCAGAGAACUCCCAGGGGCUUUUGAGGCAGCAGGCUUCCAUCUGAAUCAGCAUCUUUACAAUAUGAUCAUCCGGCGCUAUUCGGACGAGGGAGGGAACAUGGAUUUUGACAACUUCAUCAGCUGCCUGGUCAGGCUGGAUGCCAUGUUCCGUGCCUUCAAAUCACUUGACAAAGACGGCACUGGACAAAUCCAGGUGAACAUCCAGGAGUGGCUGCAGCUGACUAUGUAUUCCUGA